CUCAGCGCUCCCGGAGCCGCUCGCUGCUCGCGCUCCGACGGACCUGGAUCUUUAUUUCUGCUGCUUUUUUUUUUUUUUUAAGGGGGAUUUUGGACGCAAAACUCGGAGAGGCCAAAACCCAAAAAGCAGGAAAACGCACUUUGACGCGGAGAUUGAACCCGGAAUGGCGGACCGGGACCGGGACCGGGACCGGGACCCGGUGCUGCCCGCGGAGGUGCGGACCAGGCUGGCCGAGCUGGAGCUGGAGCUGUCGGAGGGUGACAUCACACAGAAGGGCUAUGAGAAGAAGCGAUCCAAGCUGAUCGGCGCCUACUUCCCUCAAACACCAGGAAUGGAUCCGUCGGCGGGCCCGGACCGGAGAGCCCCCGUCACCCCGUCCUCGUCCUCGCGCUACAACCGCCGCCGCUCCUCCGGAUCCAGGGACGAGCGCUACAGAUCAGAUGUGCACACAGAGGCGGUGCAGGCGGCCCUGGCCAAGCAUAAAGAAAGAAAGAUGGCGGUGCCGAUGCCGUCCAAGCGGCGGUCGCUGGUGGUCCAGACCUCCAUGGACGCCUACACGCCUCCAGACACGUCCUCGGGCUCCGAGGACGAGGGCCACGGCAACGGCGACGAGGGAGGCGGCGGCGACGGCGGGGAGGAGGGGGACGGCGGCGGCGGGGGCGGGGCCUCGUCCAGCCGGGAGGGCAGCAUCAGCAUGGAGCACUGGAUCAGCCGGGCCAUCCACGGCACGUCCUCCACCACCACCACCACCACCUCGUCCACGGCCUCCUCCUCCUCGUCCUCCACGCGCAGCGGCGGCAGCGCGGCGGCGGGCGGCAGGCUGGCCGACGUCCUGGCCCAGCACAUGCACAUCUCCGCCCAGCACCACCGACACCACCAUCACCACCGGCACCACAAAACCGAGAACCACUCUGCCCCCCCGGAUGUCACCGGCUACACCAACAACGCCGCCAACACCACCAGCGACGGGAUCCAGGUGGAGAGAACCGCGGGUCCCGGCUCGGCCCAGAAGCAGACGCCCAAGUACGGCAACGCCGAGCUGAUGGAGACCGGAGACGGCGUUCCCGUCAGCAGCAGAGUUUCUGCCAAAAUCCAGCAGCUGGUCAACACGCUGAAGAGACCCAAGCGGCCGCCGUUAAGAGAGUUCUUCGUCGACGACUUUGAGGAGCUGCUGGAGGUCCAGCAGCCGGACCCCAACCAGCCCAAGGCGGAGGGCGCCCCGAUGGCGACCAUGCGGGGGGAGCAGCUGGGCGUGGUGACCAACUGGCCCCCGUCCCUGGAGGCGGCCCUGCAGAGGUGGGGCACCAUCUCCCCGAAGGCCCCCUGCCUGACCACCAUGGACACCAACGGCAAGCCGCUCUACGUGCUCACCUACGGAAAACUGUGGUCCAGAAGUGUGAAGGUGGCCUACAACCUGCUGCACAAGCUGGGAACCAAACAGGAGCCGCUCGUCAGGCCUGGAGACCGGGUGGCGCUGGUCUUCCCCAACAACGACCCCGCCGCCUUCAUGACGGCGUUUUACGGCUGCCUGCUCGCCGAGGUGGUUCCCGUGCCGAUCGAGGUUCCCCUGACCAGGAAGGACGCCGGCAGCCAGCAGAUCGGGUUCCUGCUGGGCAGCUGCGGCGUCACGGUGGCCCUGACCAGCGACGCCUGCCACAAGGGGCUGCCCAAGGGCCCCACCGGGGAGAUCCCACAGUUCAAAGGCUGGCCGAAGGUGCUGUGGUUCGUCACCGAGUCCAAACACCUGUCCAAACCGCCGCGGGACUGGUUCCCCCCCGUCAAGGACGCCAACCAGGACACGGCCUACAUCGAGUACAAGACGUGUAAAGACGGCAGCGUCCUCGGCGUGACGGUGAUGAGGAUAGCGAUGCUCGCGCACUGCCAGGCCCUCACACAGUCCUGCUCGUACACCGAAGCCGAGACCAUCGUGAAUGUAUUAGACUUCAAGAAGGAUGUGGGACUGUGGCACGCCAUCCUGACGAGUGUGAUGAACAUGAUGCACGUCAUCAGUAUUCCUUACGCCCUGAUGAAGGUGAAUCCUCUGUCCUGGAUCCAGAAGGUCUGCCAGUACAAAGCGAGGGUGGCCUGCGUGAAGUCGCGGGACAUGCACUGGGCGCUGGUGGCGCACCGCGACCAGCGCGACAUCAACCUGAGCUCCCUGCGCAUGCUGGUGGUGGCCGACGGCUCCAACCCGUGGUCCAUCUCGUCCUGCGACGCCUUCCUCAACGUCUUCCAGACGAAGGGCUUGAAGCCGGAGGUCAUCUGUCCCUGCGCCAGCUCCCCCGAGGCCCUGACCGUCGCCCUGCGGAGGCCUCUGGAGGAGGGCAGCUCGGCCCCCAGCCGCGGCGUCUUGUCCAUGCAGGGUCUGAGCCACGGCGUGAUCCGGGUCGACUCCGAGGAGAAGCUGUCGGUGCUGACGCUGCAGGACGUCGGCUCCGUCAUGCCCGGAGGGUUGAUGUGCGUGGUGAGGCUGGAGGGCGUUCCUCAGCUGUGUAAAACCGACGAGAUCGGAGAGCUGUGCGUCUGCACCGAGGCCACGGGAUCCUCCUACUACGGCCUGGCCGGCAUGACCAAGAACACCUUUGAGGUCUUCCCCCUGUCCAACAACGGGACCCCCGUCAGCGAGUUCCCCUUCACCAGGACCGGCCUGCUGGGCUUCAUCGGACCUGGGGCUCUGAUCUUUGUUGCUGGGAAGAUGGACGGUCUGAUGGUGGUCGGUGGGCGGCGACACAACGCAGACGACAUUGUUGCCACGGCGCUGGCUGUGGAGCCCAUGAAGUUUGUCUACAGGGGCAGGAUAGCUGUGUUUUCCAUCACGGUGCUACACGAUGAGAGGAUCGUGGUUGUGGCGGAGCAACGCCCCGACUCCACGGAGGAGGACAGCUUCCAGUGGAUGAGCAGAGUCCUGCAGGCGAUAGACAGCAUCCACCAGGUGGGCGUGUACUGCCUGGCUCUGGUUCCCUCCAACACUCUCCCCAAGACUCCCCUGGGUGGCAUCCACCUGUCGGAGACCAAGCAGCUGUUCCUGGAGGGGGCGCUGCACCCCUGCAACGUGCUCAUGUGUCCGCACACCUGCGUCACCAACCUGCCCAAGCCGCGGCAGAAGCAGCCAGAGAUCGGCCCGGCGUCCGUGAUGGUCGGGAACCUGGUGUCGGGGAAGAGGAUCGCCCAGGCCAGCGGCCGGGACCUGGGUCAGAUCGAAGACAAUGACCAGGCAAGGAAGUUCCUGUUCCUGUCGGAGGUGUUGCAGUGGAGAUCUCAGACCACCCCGGACCACGUCCUGUACACACUCCUCAACUCCAGGGGCACCAUAGCCAGCUCUCUGACCUGUCUCCAGCUGCACAAGAGGGCAGAGAAGAUCGCCGCCAUGCUGGGUGAGCGGGCCCACCUGCAGGACGGCGACCACGUGGCGCUGGUCUACCCUCCAGGCAUGGACCUCAUCGCCGCCUUCUACGGCUGCCUCUACGCCGGCUGCGUCCCCAUCACGGUGCGGCCGCCGCACCCGCAGAACAUCGCCACCACGCUGCCUACCGUCAAGAUGAUCGUGGAGGUGAGCCGCUCCGUGUGCGUCAUGACCACGCAGGUCAUCUGCAAGCUGCUGCGGUCCAAGGAGGCGUCGGCGGCCGUGGACGUCCGGACCUGGCCCCCCGUCAUGGACACAGAUGAUUUACCAAAGAAAAAACCCCCGCUGCUUUACAAACCGUCGAACCCGGACACCCUGGCCUACCUGGACUUCAGCGUCUCCACCACCGGCAUGCUGGCUGGAGUCAAGAUGUCCCACACCGCCACCAGUGCCUUCUGCCGCUCCAUCAAGCUGCAGUGUGAGCUGUACCCGUCCCGAGAGGUGGCCAUCUGCCUGGACCCGUACUGCGGCCUGGGCUUCGUCCUCUGGUGCCUUUGCAGCGUUUACUCGGGUCACCAGUCCAUCCUGAUCCCUCCGUCCGAGCUGGAGGUGAACCCGUCCCUGUGGCUGUCGGCGGUCAGCCAGUACAAGGUCCGAGACACCUUCUGCUCCUACAGCGUCAUGGAGCUGUGCACCAAAGGCCUGGGCCUGCAGACGGACGCCCUGAAGUCUCGAGGGCUGGACUUGUCCCGGGUUCGGACCUGCGUGGUGGUGGCGGAGGAGCGUCCCAGGAUCGCCCUGACCCAGUCCUUCUCCAAGCUCUUCAAAGACCUGGGCCUCCACCCUCGGGCCGUCAGCACCUCCUUCGGCUGCAGAGUCAACCUGGCCAUCUGCCUGCAGCCUCACAGGCUGGGGAAGCUUGCCGACCAGGGCACGUCGGGACCCGACCCAACCACCGUCUACGUUGACAUGAGGGCGCUACGACACGACAGGGUCAGACUGGUGGAGCGGGGGUCACCGCACAGCCUGCCCCUGAUGGAGUCUGGGAAAAUCCUGCCGGGCGUCAGAAUCAUCAUCGCCAACCCGGAGACCAAGGGACCAAUGGGAGAGUCGCAUCUGGGAGAGAUCUGGGUGCACAGCGGGCACAACGCCAGCGGCUACUUCACCGUGUACGGCGACGAGGCGCUGCAGUCGGACCACUUCAACUCCAGACUCAGCUUCGGAGACACGCAGACGGUCUGGGCCCGGACCGGAUACCUGGGCUUCCUCCGCAGGACCGAGCUCACCGACGCCAGCGGAGAGCGUCACGAUGCUCUGUACGUGGUGGGAGCUCUGGAGGAGGCCAUGGAGCUGAGGGGGAUGAGGUACCACCCCAUCGACAUCGAGACGUCCGUCAUCAGGACGCACAAGAGCAUCACCGAGUGCGCGGUGUUCACCUGGACCAACCUGCUGGUGGUGGUGGUGGAGCUGGACGGCUCGGAGCAGGAGGCGCUGGACCUGGUGCCGCUGGUCACCAACGUGGUUCUGGAGGAGCACUACCUGAUCGUGGGCGUGGUGGUCGUGGUCGACAUCGGCGUCAUCCCCAUCAACUCCCGCGGGGAGAAGCAGCGCAUGCACCUGCGCGACGGCUUCCUGGCCGACCAGCUGGACCCCAUCUACGUGGCCUACAACAUGUAGCGCCCUCCGGUGGACGGGAGGAGCAGAGGCCGCUCUGGGCCCCGGGGGGGCCGAGACGGACGGGGGAACUGCCUUCACCAGAACGCGGCCGGAGGCGGCGGAGGACAAUCGCUGAUGUAGCAAAGAUUUUGGCUUUUACGACUUCGUGUGGUUCACUUUAUGUAUUCCAGUUAAGUUCUCGCUUCCUUCUUUGUUUUCACGUGUCCUCGGAGAAAUGUUCACACAAAAAUACUAUUUUGUGUCUUUACAAUAUCGACCACUGCAAAGCCAAUAAUGAGGUACGUCUGUUUCGAGUUAGUUUUUUUUGUCUUUAAAGCCAUUAUUUUUUAAAGUAACUGCCCCGUCUCAGCAGGGAAUCGAAUGCAAACAUCUGCAGCCUUUAACUCGUUUAUUUUUCCGAACAAAAACCACCAGCUUCAACCGAAGUGAUUCAUAAACUCGUGUCAUGUAAGUAUGUACAAAAAGAUACUGAUUUAAUUUAUUUUGUUUCUCUUUUAGAAGUCUAUAACAAGACAUUCAAGAAUGUUUUGCUCUUGAAUAUUUGCUAAUAUAAAAAAAAAAAAUGUAUUAACUUGAGUGAAACAAGCAGAGUCACAUCAAGCAUAUUAUUAUUAUAAAAAAAAAUAGAAAUAGAUUAUAUUAAAGAUGCAUUAAGGAUUAAUUCUGGACAAAAGUAGUUUGACAUGAUGCUGUUUGUCUGCGUUUUGGUCUGAAUUAUCGGGUUUUAUUCCAGAUAUCAACGUGAGAGUUCUGAUCCGAGUCACAACUGGUUUCCAUCGAGGAAACGUCAAAUGUUUGUCUUCUUUCUGAAGAGUUCUUUACUAAUUUAAAUGAACCAAAGUAUCUAAGCAGGUUUAAUCUUCGUAGCUCGUCAAUCAAGAGAUGUCAGAAUUAUAUUUAAACUAAACUUCAGAUCAAAUGUUGCUUUGACACAUCGGCUAAAGCGCGACUUUGCUGACAUCUAGUGGCCACCAGGGGGAACUGCAGCGGCUUUGAAUCAGAACUCCUCAGAAAUCUUUCUGUUCUCUGGAAUGAAACUCUCCCACCAGACAAGCUGACAGCAGCACUGGACUGACUUCACCACCUCUGGCUCUGCCUGAGAGCGCCUCCAUGUGGCAGCGAGCAGCGCUGCCGCCUCAACUGUAAAUAUCAAAGCGAGGAGUCCGUCGUAUUUUUACAUGUACAGAUAAAUCAGGGCUCGUAUAGUGAUGUCACGACAGGAAGAACAGUGUUUUAUCAGAGGCCCUUUAACUCUUUAGAGAGCUGUGGAGAGGUCGAGGCUUCAAUGUUCUCGCCUCGACGCCUGAGGAUCUUCGUAAAAAAGAAAAAAAAAAAAGCACUUUCACCACUGUUUUUUCUUCUAAAUCAGCAAAAUGUAUGUCCCUUGAUUUUAUUUCUUUUUUUAAGGUUUUAAAAAUGUAAUUUUUGAGUUGACAUGUCUUUCAUUUAAAUAAAUACUUAAAUU